AUGGAUCCUGGGCAACUUGAGGCUCUGGCAAAGCUCGGCUUGGAAUGCCGGAAGGUAAGUCGGAGAGACAUUGCCGCUGUUCUGGCCAAGGGUCAGGAUGGUGCAACCACGGUCUCCGCAACCAUGAUUUUCGCCGACAAGGCCGGCAUACCGAUUUUUGUCACCGGGGGGAUCGGUGGAGUACAUCGUGGGGCAGAUGCUACCUGGGAUGUCUCAGCCGACCUUACAGAGCUUGGGCGGACCGCUGUUUGUGUUGUCUGCGCGGGCGCAAAAAGCAUACUGGAUCUUCCGAGGACUCUCGAAUUCCUGGAGACGUUCUGCCGGCAAGUUGCUGGUUACAGGACCAGUGACUUUCCGGCCUUCUUCACGCCCCGGAGUGGCCUGGCAACCAGCUGCAGUGUUGAUGGUCCAGAAGAGGCUGCAGAAGUCUUGGCGCAGCAGCGGCAGGCAUGUCUUGGCUCCGGCAUGGUGCUGGCUGUGCCGGUGCCUGAAAGCCUGGCUGCGGAGGGUGCCAGGGUGGAGGAGGCAACGAGGACUGCAGUGGAGGAGAGCACAAAGCUUGACAUCCGUGGGAACGAGGUCACACCCUUCUUACUCAAGCGAAUUAACGAGCUCACGGGUGGGGAGUCGCUGCGCUCCAACAUAGCUCUGAUCAAACACAAUGCCGAGGCUCGGACAGAGGUGCUACUUUGCUUGAGAGUUGAAUGGAAUGUUGGGCAUCCCUGUGAGUCACGCAGCGGCUUUGCCGCUGUUCGAGGUCGGAGCUGCUGUGGCGCUGGAGCUUGCGAAGCGAACGCGCCGUGCCUCCCGACUGUGAAGGAGGGGUGCCAGUGCCCCUCUUCCGGAAAAAAGAAAGCGGCGCGUUUUGGACGAGAUGCUUGCGAGAUGUUGCGUCCUUGCCCUGUUUGA